UCAGUUCUUAUAUAGAUAUAGGCGCGUAUUGCAUGCUAACUUCAUUAGGCGACAGACAUAUAUGUAUGUAUAUACGUUUCGUCUCCGCUGUAUUGUAGAGAUGGUUUAGAAAGAGAUGGCGAGUCGCUGACCAAUUAAUCGAAGUCUCCGAUAUAACCGAUUUUUGCACUCACACGUAUGUGCACUCUCACGCUCUCGGCUCUUCUUUUGUUUGUAUUGACCCACCCACACUUUGGGACCUUCGGGUGUUCAUCUCAGAUUGCUCUCAACUUUCGCAGCCCCGCCGAUCGCCGAUCGGAGCGAGCUGAGACAAAGGCCGAGCGGAGUCGAGGACGGAAUUCGGAGUGUCCGGAAUCUCCACGAAUCGACGGAUCGAUUAUGGAGCGACGCGCAUCGCGCCUCCAUUCGAUGCGAAGCCGUCGUGAGCGCGCAGCACUCUGAACAGCUCUGAAAAGAAAAGCCAAAAGCGCCGUUCAGCAGCAAGAGAUUCGAAGACUGAAGAGAUUGAGAGCAGUGCAUCGCGUCCACUGGGCGUCACUGUCAUAGUGCAGCAUCGGGGGUGGCACGACGCAUGAACGCGCCCCGCAUCGAGAAGUUGAGAACCGCUCCGGUAUUUGUAUAUUUAAUUCCUUAUCUCUCUCUCCCGGUACGCGCACGGAAUUCGCGCGACGUAGGGAAUGGAAUGUCUCUCGCGGCGUCACAUGUCGGUAUCUUGUUUCGCAUGGCUGCGCCCGGUUACGAGAUCCGAUCCCGCAGGACUCUCGUCAUGAGAUAUAUUAAAUUGCCUCGUAGAUUGCUCACCAUGCCAUGCGAAAGCGUUCGUCAACGUACUAUGCGAUGUUAAUGUAACAUAUUGCAACGAUGCCGUAACUUGUCACAGGUGAACGUUUCAUCCUCGACGGAACAAUGACUUCGGAUUACUUUACUUUACCAGUUAAUAUGGACAGAGUAUGCAGGAUCUGUCUUCAAGAGGGUACCAAUUUGUCAUCAAUUUUCUCCUCUACACAAGAAGUGAACAAUCUCACGGGUCUUUCUCAAAAAAUACAAGUCUGUGGUUCCAUCGAGAUAGACGAGCAGGAUGGAUUACCUUCCCUGAUAUGUAACGACUGCAUUUACAAGGCCAGCGUCGCCCAUGAGUUCAGACAACAGUGUCAAUACUCUGACGCAAGAUUACGCAUGUACUACAAUAAGCCUGUCAAAUCUAUUAAGUCCACCAUGGAUUUGCAGGAUUCUUAUACACAGACAGAUCUACAAACGAGAUUUGUACAGUCAAAAAAGUCAGACCACUUUCAAGAGGAUUAUUUUAAGGAAGACAUGCAAGUAGUUGCAAGUACACAAGAGUACAUUCAAACCACUGAUUCAUUUCCCAGAGUCAAUCUGAACACCAAUCAAAUUCAAAUACCAGAUGAAAAGUUAUUCAUCUGUUCUAUCGGAUUUGAAGGAAGUAAAGAAGAGGUGAAGGAUUCUUGCAUAUCAGAGAGUGAGGUUCAUCAAAUGACAAUAGUACAGGAAGAUGCACAGGAUACUAACAUUAUCAAUUUACAAAACAAGGAUGACGAAAUUAAGGAAGCCGAUCAGUAUGCGGAAAAGAAUAAUACAGUCCAAGAGGAGCAAUUCGUGAAUGAAAGUUUAUCCAAUGAUAAUAUAGAAGAAGAGGAAAACAUCCUGCAGAAACGUACAUCAGCGAGAAAAACAAAAUCUGCUAAAACGUACAGCGACGACGAGGUCGUUGACAAUUAUUACGAACCGAGUAGUGACAGCCAAGAUUCAGUGGAGUCAAAGUUUAAGUGUAAGAUCUGUUCCAAACAAUAUGCAACACAGAAGGGUCUGAAGAAGCAUGCGUUGGUCCACGAAAAGAAGUAUAAGUGUGAUAUUUGUUUAAAAAUGUUUUACAAGCAGGAAAACAUGGAGAAUCAUCAGAAGAUUCAUGCAUCGAAACCGCAUGCGUGUCAGCUUUGUCAUGCGUCCUUCUCAAAGUCUCAGAGUCUCGUGAGGCACUUGAAGUCACAUACAGAGAAAGUAAACGAUAUGAUUAAGCAGAUCAACACAAGCGAGCGAAAGGAUAAUAAAGAACCGAAGAAAGAAUUCAAGAGCGAAGAUGAUACCGACGACGAGACUGGACCUGCGAAUGAAGCGGACGAAUUCGAGAAUGCGCCAGAGUUGUACAAAUGUGAGAUUUGCAAUCAGUAUUGCUCAUCCUUGAAGAAUCUAAGAAGACAUGCUCUCGUGCAUGGCGACAAGAAGUAUUCUUGUACCGUAUGUAAGAAAUGGUUCUUCAGGCCAGAUACGUUGAAGAAACACGCGGAGAAGCACGGGCACGGGCUGUUGGAUAAUUUGAUGGAUGAUAAUAAACUGUACGAUUCGGAUGAUGACGAUAUGCCGAGCAACAACACGAUGGAUCCUCCGCCGGAGAGUGAAAACGUUAAGAAAGAGGAGAGCGACGAGGAAGGAACCGGAGAAUACAAAUGCCAACACUGCGACAAGGUCAUGGCCACUAAGAAAGGUCUGCGACGGCACGUAUCGAUGCACAAGCCUAAGGCCGAGCCGGUUACUUGCGAGAUUUGUAGGAAAGUCUGUGCAAGUCAGGCUCGUCUCGUUCUCCAUCAGAGAACCCAUAAACCGAAAGAGAAGGUACUGCGCGAGUACCUGUGUCACAUCUGCAGUAAGGUGUAUCCGAGCAAUUCGUCCCUCACCUACCACAUGCGAACUCACACCGGCAUUAAGCCACAUGUGUGCAAGACAUGUAACAGCGGCUUUACGACCACGACAAGUCUGGCGAAUCACAUUCGUAUUCACACGGGCGACAAGCCGUUUGUGUGUCACGUAUGUAGCGCUGCAUUCGCUGUGAGCUCGGCUUUUCGCAGACAUUUAACCCGACAUACGGGUGAGGCAAAUUACUUAUGUAAAACCUGCGGUAAGGCUUUCAAGAGGCUCAGCACGUUAAAGGAGCACACGUACACUCAUUCUGGUGAGAAACCGUACGUAUGCAAGACGUGCGGCGCCGCGUACAGCCACAGUGGCAGCCUCUUUGCACACCAGAAGCGUUGUCGCGCCCAAUACGGCGAGAUGAUUGUUGAUGAUCACAAUCAUCAUCACAUACCGCAUACAAUCACUCAUAUCCACGUAAAUAUGAAUAACGUCAAUAACGGGCAAGCAGUGCGACCGGUCGCUAUGAUAGGUCAAAUGUUCUAAAAACAAAGUGGUGUCACAGAUUACAAGCGUUAUCUGCGAUGAGUGUUGUGUAUAAGUUGUUGUGUGCAGCUGUAACUCCUAUAUACGAAAUGCGUGUAACAUAAGCUGCACGCCGUCUCUAUAAAUGUACAUACAACUCAUUUUUCACAAUGAAAAAUGUUCCUUGAAUAUACUCUGCGCUCGAAGAUUCUAAUUCUUUACUUUUAAA